CAAUCGUUACAUAAUGUACCUAAGGUAAUUAAUCUACUCGGAUUGGUUUCCGCUCAUAGAAUUCCAACGUUGGAUGCCGACCACUUCGAAGCUAUCUAUAUAAGCCCGACUCACGACUCACGUCUCGACCUUUUAUUUAACCAAUUGACUACCCGCGCGUCUGAGGUAUUCCAAUCCAAGAUGGGUCUCCUAAGCAGCUCGUCCGAGGCUCCUCCAAAAGCUACACGGGAGGAGAUGCGAGACGCCAAAGUUCCCCUAGCCUACCGAGAUAACUGCGCGAACCUCCUCAUUCCCCUCAACAGAUGUCGCGUCGACACAUACUACCUCCCGUGGAAGUGCAACGACGAGCGACAUAGCUACGAGAAAUGCCAGUACGACGAGUUCAAGAAGCGCGUAGCGAGGAUGGACGAGCUGAGGGAGGCCAAGGGCGGGGCACGAAGCAAUUGAAUCCGGCCUGCAUUUCCAUGUAGGUAGAAAGGGAACAAAUCGACUUGUACAUAUAUUCGUCAUCUGGCGAAGGGCUACUACCUUAAGGCUGUGCUCUGAAUCCUCUCGGCCUUGCGCUCGUUAUUUGCCUGUAAUGGCACCAAACCCCCGGCAUGCCCUUUUGUGAUAAUGAAGCUACGCCUCUGCGCGACUACAUAAUAUAUCCGUGGGUAUGCUAUGCAUGUUUCCCUGGUGUUAAUCUUAAGACAAGGGUUGUCACCAACGUUUGUAGAAAGAACCCUAUAUGAUAUCUUUGCAUAAACUGUGAAUAUCUUCUACUGCCUU